UUCCGCUUUACAAGGCAAAUAAACUGUGACGUUUUGAUUGCGGAGAUAGGGUUUUGAUUGCAGAAGAGAUGGGAGGAGUGAAGAAACCCCAAGCCCAGCUUGCGGAUGACCAGCUUUUCCAAUUUCUGUAUGGCCUCGUUGACCAGGUGGAAGCCGAUAGUGGAACUGAAGAAACUGACUUGAAAGCGAAGAUCGCCGCCCUUCAAGCUGAAACUCGGAAAACUCCUGGCGCCUCUACAAGUCGAAUGAGCGAGGUAGACGUGGCUAGAGAGCUUGACAAUAUGUCUGCGAAGCUUGACUCUCUUGGGGCACUGGUUGAAGAAGCCACCGCUGAUUCCGAAGUCCAAGGAUUGCUCGCAAACAGCGCCAAUCUGUGGGUACCCGUUAUUACGGCAUCGGCUGAGGAACGCACUGCCAAGACAUCUGCAGAAGGCAACUCAGAUACCACGCAAACUUGAAGAUGUCCAAGAUCUUUUACAGCGCUGCUCAUCCUGUCGCGACUUCAGAAAACACACAUCUGAGGCAUUACUUGUUACCCUAAUCUGCUAUCAUAGUACAUUUAAUUUUUUCCAUCGAGUUUGUAGUCCGCUAAGUCAGUACGAGCAUCACAAAUGACUACAAACUCGAUGGAAAAAAUUAAGUCACUAAGAGCAUCACAAAUGGGGGUCGCAUUAAUCGUCUGCACUUAAAUUCUUUAAUUUUCCUCUAUUUAUGUAUCGUGGAUGUCCUAUAAUGUUUCUGUUAUACAACAUUAUCAUAAAUAAUGAAUUAACAUUAUUGUAAUUA